UGGGUUGAUUUUCUGUGACCAAAGAUCCCUCCUUGAUUUCUUGCAAUCAAGAUCCACUAUUGUACAUUGACGUAACUCCAGAUCUUCAAUUGAUAUUCUUCCUUAUGAAAGGACUUCUUUGGGGUGAGUUGAAGUGUUUUUACAUGGUAAAGAUGACUCGAAAGAAAAUCCAGAUCAAGAAGAUCGACAACACAGCUGCAAGGCAAGUUACUUUCUCAAAGAGGAGAAGAGGGCUUUUCAAGAAAGCUUAUGAGCUCUCAACUCUAUGUGAUGCUGAGAUUGCUCUCACGGUGUUUUCUGCAACUGGCAAGCUUUUUGAGUACUCAAACACGAGCAUGGGGCAAGUGAUUGAAAGGCGCAAUCUGCAUCCAAAGAACUUCGACGCCCUACAUCAACAAUCUCUUGAGCAGCAGCUUGAUGGUGGUGUGCAUGCCAUGUUGAUCAAAGAAAUAGCAGAGAAAAACCGUGAACUGAGGCACAUGAGGGGAGAAGACCUGCAAGGAUUGAACGUGGAAGAACUAAAAAAAUUAGAAAAAUUAAUUGAAGGAAGCUUGCGUCGACUGGUGGAGGAAAAGGAGGAAAAGAGUAUAAAGGAGAUCAAUGCUCUCAAGACCAAGGGGAAGCAAUUAGCAGAAGAGAACCAGCGAUUGAAGCAGCAAGUGAUGAAUUUAUCAGCAGCACAAGGGCAUUUGCUCGAACCAGGCGAAUCCCCAGAUUCCUUAGUGACCAAUAUCAGUAGUAUGAGCUCAGCUGAUCCUCGCCAGGACAACGAUAGCUCUUGUGCUUUUCUUACACUAGGGUUACCUUUUCCUGAUUGAAUCCGAAAGAUGGAGGGUUAUCCAGCAAUAUUUAAUGGCUUAGAAGUCGUUACUAUUGCUUUCAAAUAAAAUUUCAUCUUGGCUUGUAGUUAAUAAAAAUCCUGUGAGCCCUUUUCGUGUCUGCUUGUUGAUUAUAGAAAUUUGUAGUGUGUGUGUGUGUGUGAACCAAGGCUUCUCUUGUUUCCUUAAAUUAGGAGGAAAUGAGUUGUAGCUAGUGGAAGGGGGAGUUGUAUCUGCCAUUUUAUGGUUUUGUAGCAGAUUUGGAU